GAGCAGCAGUUGGCGAGGAAGCACCAGACGGAGAGCACUUCCAGGACCAACUCCAAUCAAAUGCAGUCCAGUGCGGGCUGACCAACUGCUGCUAUCUGGAUGCAAUGAAGCCGAAGAAAUCGGCCUUUGCCAAUUCAUCCACGGGAUACGGAAGGAACAAGCACGGAAAAGGACACUCUGGCAAGGAUAAAGUCGAGGGUGGUGGUAAGGGCAAGAGCCGAGAGGAGAAGGAUAAGCAUAAACAUGAGCAGAAGGUGGACGAGAAGGACGACAAGGAUCUAAAUUCCGGCUUCGGCGACUAUCUUCGCACUCCGGAGGCAUUUGAAAUGAUGAAACUCUUUGUCUUUGCCAAUACCAUAAUGCUAAUUGUCACCAUGGCUUGGCCGCACAUCAAGGAGCAAUUCUACAUGGUUAAUCAGUGGCUUGAAAGCUUUCGCGAGGAGCAUCAGCAGUAGAAACCAAAGGAUCUA